AUGGCAUUCGCACAGGGCUCUAGGCCUCGGCGGCGCUCCACUUUUGAGGCGUCUGGUGCGGGGGAUCAGGAUGAGGGUUGGCAGGUGAGAAUGGAGCUGUCUUUGCUACUGGCCGACGGAACCAUGCGACCUGACCUCAUUGUCGAGAAGGAAGGCAUGGCUAGAAUCUUGCACGCCCAGGUUGUUGCUCACCAACAUAAAGUACACAAGAAGUACACAAGAGACGACCUGUUCCUCCAAGUGGCAGGUGCGACAGAUAGAGAUGAGACACCGGGAAGCGUAACCAUGUACAAGGAAAUAUGGCCUAAAGGGAGUGCGGAAGCCCUUUGA